UCUACAAAAACAUCACGAGUGGCUGCUGCAGCUGUGGGUAGUACAAAUACAGCACAUGGUAGCGUUUGGUAGCCGCUUGUAGCGACAGACUCCAGCGGGGCCCCAGACUCUCGAGCUGGUUUGAACUCUCGGUUUUGCAGGUUACCGUCACAUUUACUCGGUUAACUUUUAGUUGGGGGGGAAAAAAACAACUCCCAACUUUUGAAGUCCAGGCUGUGAGCGAGAGUUUAACUGCGAGUCAGAGGACUUUUUAAAGACACAGUCCCCCCCCCUCCGCCUGCAGCAUUAACGCAGGAGCGAGCAUGUCGACUGGUACAAGUGAAGUGAAAAGCUGCCCCAUACCCACCAGGGUGCUCACCCUGAAGGACUGGUCCCAGCUACCCGACUGUUACAGCCAGACACCCGGGGGGACCCUCUUCUCCACCACGCCAGGGGGUACCCGCAUCAUUUAUGACAGGAAGUUCCUGUUGGAUUGUCGAAACUCCCCUCUGGCCCGGACCCCCCCAUGCUGUCUGCCCCAGAUCCCCGGGGUGACAGUACCUGCUACACACUCUAUGGGGAAACUGCAGGAUCUCAAAGAGGAGGCAGAGGAGGAGGAGAAAGACAGUGCAGAUGACAACCAGUUUGAGAUGGACAUCUGAGCUCCAGUAUUACCUCCUGUGGAGGGUUAUCAUUUAAAACACCUCCAAGGUCAUUUAUGACUGUAAUGCAUUACAUAUAAAGCUUUUUUUUUUUCACCUUUUUUUUAAACAAGCUUUUGUGAGGAACCAAAAAAGAAUGGAAAAGUUGGAAAACUUUAGGGUGUUUUUGACCCUACAAAAAGUGUUAGGCAAAGAAAUGGUAUUUAAUGGGCUGAUGAGUGGCUCACUCAUUUCAGAGCUGCAGCAGGAUUGAAAAAAUCCAUUUUGAUUUCACUUUUUUUUUAAUCUUUUGUAAAUAACGUUGUACAAUGUAGCCUAUUUUUUAAGUUGGGGGAAUACAGGAUGAUUACAUUAAGACAUGUAGAGUUUUCCACUGCAGGCAUCAGUUGUUUUGUUGUAUAUCCCCCCCCCAAAAAACAGAUGGCUAACUUUCUUUGUGAUAAUAUUGGGGGUCAGGGCCUACUGAAAAUCAGCUUCUUCUCUGUUUUUGUAUGGAGGGAGAGCUGAAAUGUGAAUAAUUUCAAAUAAAGGCUAUUCAGACUGCC